AUGCCUGGUAUGCAGCAUUAUAUUUUAUCUCGUAUCGACGCCAUGGCAGAGCGUGGCGUGGACUUGUCAACUCUCAACACAGUUCAACAGGCGAUUCUAUUCAUUCUGCUCAUGCUGGGCUCUGUCAUUUUCGUCUCUCUUGCCGUCCUCAUGGUCCGCAAGCGAGCCUUUGAAGCAAAGUUCCAAGGCGUUUCAAAAGAGCGCAUAGCAUCUUCUCGAAAUUCAAUGCUAGAAUCCAACAAUUUAGAUAAAGGUCACGCUGAGUCUACAAGUCUCGCUCUCAAGGAUCAAACUUGUACAUCAAGACAACAAGCCGCAUUGGCCGUGGAAGAAGUCUCCGGAGUCCAGGCCACCAAUCCCCAAAGUCCAUGGGACGACGGCGACGAAGUCACAGUUGCAGAUACAGUCCGACAACAUCACCAUCAUCAUCGGGUAUUUCCUAUGGCCGGCGUCGGAGCCCGACCAGAUCUAAAUAAUCACCCACGCGACGCGGCCCCAGUCACACUCUACUCAGAUGAAUCCGAAUCACCAAAAUCCAAGCUCGAAGGAGUGAUCCGUGGCACGCAGAAAUACUUUACUUCAAAAGGACUAAUUUCUCGCAACUCGCAAUUCUACGGCUUGACAUCUGCUGAACGGGAAAAACUGGGCGGAGUCGAGUAUAAGGCCGUUUCAUUCCUUUCUGUCAUUGUUGCGCUCUAUUUCUUCCUAUUCCUUCUUCUUGGCAUUAUUGGUGUUGGAAGUUGGCUACAUACUAACCAUCCAGAAGUGGCGGAGGUGAACGGACUAUCGCCGUUCUGGACUGGUGCUUUCUUUGCUGUCUCGGCAUUUGUGAACAGUGGCAUGGCUCUCUUGGACAAAAACAUGACAGCCUUACAAUUAAACGCAUACCCUCUUCUAACUAUGGUAUUGCUCAUUCUGGCUGGAAAUACACUCUACCCCUGCUUCUUGCGAUUCAUAAUUUGGAGCUUGAAAAUUAUAGUCCCCGAUCGACCAGAGUGGGCAUCAUGGCGAAUCACCCUUGAUUUUAUUUUGGAUCAUCCGAGAAGGGUAUAUACGAAUCUCUUCCCAGCGCGUCAUACUUGGUAUCUCCUAGGGACGAUCAUUGUUCUCAACGCCAUCGACUGGGCUGGCUUUGAAAUCUUGUCUAUCGGAAACAAGGAGAUCGAGUCUCUUCCAUCCGAGUAUCGAGUACUAGAUGGACUAUUUCAAGCAGCGGCUGUUCGAUCUGGAGGAUUCUAUGUCGUGACGAUUUCGGAUUUGAGACAAGGUCUCCUCGUUUUAUAUGUUCUCAUGAUGUAUGUCUCAGCAUUCCCAGUGCUAGUCACAAUGCGCAACACAAACGUCUACGAAGAACGCUCCCUGGGAAUCUACGCAAACGACGAAUCCGACUCCCCCUCAAGCACAAGCCGAAGCAACGUCCUCGUAGACCUAAUCCGCCUCCACCUAGGCCGACCAAACGCCUCCGAAAGUUCCCGCGGCUACUUCGUCCACCAACAACUCCGAAGCCAACUAAGCCACGACCUCUGGUGGAUAGCCCUAGCAGUAUUUUUCAUCUCCAUCGCUGAAUCAGACCACUUCAACAAUCAGCCCGUGGCAUUUGCAACCUUCAAUGUGAUUUUCGAAGUUGUAUCCGCGUACGGAUGUGUAGGUGUUAGCGUUGGGUAUCCUGGGAAGAAUUAUUCUUUCUGUGGAGCGUGGCAUCCUAUUAGUAAGUUGAUUCUGGCGGCUGUUGCUUUGAGAGGAAGACAUCGGGGAUUACCUGUUGCUAUUGAUAAGGCGGUUAUGUUGCCUAGUGAAUCUUUGGCGUGGGCGGAGGAGGAGGAUGCUGCUUUGAGGAGGGAGAGGACUAGGGCCUGGGGACAGGAGAGAAUGCCUGCUGGGGUGGUUUAA